AUGAUUCCGCGUCCUCUCAAGCCAGAGUCGAGGGCUCGAAGUCCGUCGGCGUUAGAAAUGGCAAGCGGAAUGACCGGUGUAGGCGAGAACUACAUGGACUUAUAUUCGCCCACGACGCCGACGACUCAGUCCAUGAAGUUGAGACUUCGCAAGCAGCUGUCGACCGCUUCCUCCUCCGUGGCGAACGACGAAAUUCGAGGCCGCAAAACCGUAACGCGAGUCAAGAAAACCGGUCGUCGACCUGAAGAAAGAGCAUUCCGUAGACACAUUGGCUGUGCAGCUCGAGCUGCUGCGGGGGUUCUGCUGGCUGGGGUUCUUCAGACGGGGUCUUCAGCAUCUUCUACAGGCUCCGAGUUUCUACCCUCGUUCUACUAUUUAGAGGGCUUAGCGUAUGCUGCCAUUAUGGUGAUUUACGCGUCUGCACCGACAGUUGGUGGCGUGGUACAGCAGAUCUGGCAGAUCGACUUGGGCGUGGGGAUAGCGUUGCUGUACAACUUCGGAGUGUUCUUAGUCAUCCCCAUCACACAGGGAAAUCUCAUCUCGGUACCGGAGAAUCUGAACGAUACGCCGUACUUUGUGAGUCUGCAUGAUUGGGGAUUGGUGUCUCCUUUCAUGCUCACCUUCACUUUCGUGAUCUUCUUGCUACCGAUCCAACACAACGUGAAGAAGUUCGCGGUGAUGUCUAAUGCUUUCUUCAUGCUGAAGUUUAUCAACCCCAUGAAUCCGAGAGCUGGUGGCACAGCUUUGAAGGACCUCAACAACAGCGAUUACGUCACUAAGGGCCUUUUGAAAAACCUAGCAGUGUACAGUAUCAUCGAUGUUGCUGGCACGUUGAUCUGCCUGAUGACAGUGCUGUACCCACUCCGCUCUUGUAAUGCGACCAAGAAACUGAUGCGGCACAUGGGUCAUGCUCCAACUGACAUUCGCAAGAUCCUCAACUUGAUCAUGGACUCAUACUGUUUCCGAGUCAAAGACAUCAAGAAAAUGGAUUUCUUCCGCUUACGACUCGACCGACUGCUUUACGCAGCACAACACAGAUUGUCGGAGAUGGAGGAGCUUCUGGAUGAUUGCUGGUGGGAAGAGAUCCUGGGUGUGGGGUUGUGCCUCACGUUUAAUAAAAAUGUGGCCAAGCAGUUUGUCAAGCUUUACGCUCGGCUUCUGAAAGACUUACGAGCGAUGAAAUUCGCUAUCGAGGCUGAGAAUGGACACUGGACACACGUGGUUUUAAUGAAGAGAAUGCAGCAGAGUCUUCACAUUAUGCAAGUUGAAGCCAACGAUUUAUUACAGGAGAUCGCCGAACGAGUACUCGAAGCCUCGACAGAGAUGCCCACACCGAAAUUCACCCACUUGGAACAAACCGUGUGUCGUUUUAUGAAGAAAUACACUAAACUAUACGGUGCGAUGCUGUCGGCUGAGGUGCACACUACUGGGGAUGUGGGGAAGACCAUGUCGCUCAACGUAUUUAUCUACUCGUUCCACUCGUUCGUCCACACUUUAUUUGAGUUUGAAGAGCGCUUAAGUCUCAAGAAUUUCUCCUGUCGAUAUCGUAUCGCAAAGUUCUUUAAGAUGAAUGAUCAUGUUUGCCGUGCGUACGACGCUGGCGGGAUCGCGUACUGCAUCUCCACGUUCGUGUUUGCCUUCAGCGCGACAGGCCCGACAGCGAUCGCUAUGGUGGCGCAAUUCCACGUUGGUGGUACGUAUGGGAACAUGAGGAAUCGAAUGACUGGACUGGUGGCAGGCACCGUUGUGCCCUCUAUUCUCCACUUCUUCGUGUGCAAGAUCUCCGACGUGGUCUUCUACAACGCACUUAAUAACGCCGUCUUGUUCAUCUGGAUUGUGGGCUCCAUGUACGUCUGCUACAGCUCGUCGUACCUACGCAUGGCUGGGAUGGUAUCGGCAUACAUGUCCGCUUCCGUAUUGCUCGAUCAUAGUUGUAGAAAGACGACAAAAGCUCUCUCGUACUCAAGUUUGACAGAGAAUUCUGUGGCCAUUCUUACCUUGAUGGUCGUGGAAGUAUGUCUACAGCCACAGAGUGCACGAGGGCUACUACGCGCCAACAUCCAGCAGGUUCUGGGGACGUAUAACAAGGUCUUUCGUCGAGUAUUUGCACACCAUAUCACCAGCACAGACGCCACAGCACCGAGUGGGACGAGAGCUCUACACAAGGAGCUCUCCAUCAUAUUGCCAGCAAUUCUCAAGCAGCAGAAGCAGCUCGUUCAAGACGCUACUGCUGAGCCCAGCUUGUGGAAGGCCACGUUCUCGAACGAGCAGUACACUCAAGUGCCAGCUGUGUGCUGGACGCUGCUCGAUCGGCUACGACUACUUUCUGAUCUCGUGGAAUGGAGGGAACGGUCGAAUAAAGACUGUGUCCAUAAAGGUUACCGUCUAAAGCGCAGGAACGCUGGGAGUCUCAACGAAGAGUGCACUGCUGCGUUCAACGAGCAGGAGGAAGAGCGAGCUCAACAUCCUGAAACAGUGUAUUUUACUGCUAUGGCCCCGACAACUGGAGAUCUGAUCCCUGAAGCGCCACUACCGCCUCUUCCCUCGAAUGCUACGCCUGCUGUGGCUAAAGCGAGGUGGGAUUGCACAAGGAAUUCACGUACAAAACAGCAGAUGACUACGCAAUUUAUCUCCAAAUGA